AUGCUUGGAUCGUAUCACGUUGUUGUAGUUUCGCCGUCCGCGGAAUCACAACAACCCAAGCAUUCGUCGGAAGCGGCAGUAGCAGCAGCGGAGUCCCCGGUCGCCGCGUUGGCGUCGGGUAUCCAGACGGCCGUAGCGGCGGCGGUAGCGACAUCGAUGAUGGGGGUGACGGCAACGGCGACAGCAGCAGCGGCGUCCCCGGUCGCCGCAUUGGCAUCGGGUGUCCAGACGGCCGCAGGGGCGGCGGCGGUGGCACCGGUGACGGAGGAAUGUGACGAAGAGUUGGAGGAAGCGGUUGGUCCGACAACCAUGCCAUUGCCAGUCCUCGAGGAGCUUGAUAGCCAAUAUGCUGGGGGGGACGUGAGCAACAGCAGCAUCAGCAGCAGCAGUAGCAGCAGCUGCAGCAGCGAGGACAGCGGCGGCGAUGGGAGUGGGGAUGAGGGGUUGGAUGAAACCUGGAGUGGAGCCCCGACGCACCCCUUCGACCCCGGUACGACAUCUUCGUGUGGCGCGAGGAGACGGGGGGCGGUACCAGGGGUGGCGUACCCCUUCGAUAGGGGCAGGAACGGGAGUGCAGCUCCGGCGGCGGCAACGGCGGCAACGGCGGCAGCCGCAGCAGCGACGGGAGUGGCGGCUUCGGCUACAGCUGCGGCGGCGACACAGGCGGCAGCAGGAGCAGCGACGGGAGUGGUGGCAUCGGCCAGAGCUCCGACGGCAGCAGAAAACGGCAGCGGCGGCUUUGGCCAGAGCCCCGGCGGCGGCAGCGGCGACAACGGCGGCGGUGGUAGAGGCGGCAGCAGCGACGUCACCGGCAGCCGUGUUGGUGCUGGAACUCAUGACGAUCGUGGCGGCGGGGAACGGCAACGGCGGCGAUGGCAGCGGCGGCGCAGUGGUCGCAAAGAUGGGGGUGACUCCUCCAGCGACUCUGCGGCGGAAGACAGAAAGAGGUCAAGAGAAGAGCUCGUGGUCCUGACGACGCAAGUUAGCUCGCUGACGGAUCAGAUGAGCCAGCUAAUGUCGCUAGUGGAAGAUACCAUGAAGGCAAGCAAGAAGGAGGAGCCACCUGGCACCAUGGAGGGUGCCGCUGAUCGCGGCGAUGCUAGGGAGAGCGCCGCUGCGGAGUCCACGAACGNGAGAUGGUGGUGCUGCUGUUGGCUUUGGAUACGGAGCCACAACCCCAGCGACGGGGUACCAAAGUGUGAGGUACACUUUUCCUCCGUUCAGCGGGAAAUCGAAAGAUUUCAACGAAUGGCUAAAUGAUUUCCGCAUGGCAGCUAAUGGCGCAAACCUGUUGGAACAAAUUGACGAGAGUGGGAGCUUGGAGAUCCCUGUCAACAGCGGAAAGAGCAAGUCUUCGCUGUCACAGCAGUACCGGAGCGAGCAAGUAGAGCUCGCAUUCCACGCGUGGAACUUCCUGUCUCACGCGUUGAAAGGAAAAGAUCGGAAAAUCAUGAAGAGGGAAGAGACGCCCAGGGAGCCCUUCGUGAGCUCAAGACCAUACACGACCCUGAAUCAUUUGUACAGCCGUCAGAGGACCUCAAGUGCCCGACGUCGACCAAGAUCUCUAGAGAUGAAAACCCCCAAAACGCCCUAAAUGAGAUGCUCCAAACCGCAAAGUCCUUAACCGAGAAAGGACUAACUGUCAACGAAACGUUCGUCCUUCACCUCUUCCUGGAUGCCCUUUCGGACGAGUAUGCCAUGACAAAGCACAACCUGCGACACGCGAAGGAGUUGACGCGGACCGGUGUGCUAAAGGAAGUAAUGAUCGAAUACAAGACGAUCAAAGACAAGCUGGAGCAGGGGAAAGGAAAAGGGGGGAAGGGCGCAGAGCAAGCGUACUUCGCCGACGGUGAGGGUCGCAGGGGGCGGUACUCAAGUAGGAGUCAUGGGCAGGUCGUGGUCGUGGCGGCGGCCGUGGCCGCAGCAGCAGUCGUGGC